AUGCCUAUCAAUGAAAUCACUAGCAAAGCCGACUUCCUAGAGAAGAUCCUCGGUUCCAAAGAUGCCGUUAUCCUUGACUGUUACGCCGAAUGGUGCCCAUCUUGCAAAACAAUUGCACCUAAAUUUGAAGAUUUGAGCAACACAUAUACCCAGGUCAAAUUCUACAAGGUGGAUAUUGAUAAGGUUGAGGAGGUCGCACUGGAAUUAGGUGUGCGAACUAUGCCUACAUUCAUGCUGUUCAAGGACGGAGAAAAAAUUACCGAAGUUGUUGGGGCUCAUUUGUCUGUCAUUGAGCAGGGGAUCAAAACCCAUCUUCUUUAA